UCUCGCAGAGUCCGAUUCGCAGUAACCCGACACAUUGCUCUGCGAGUUUAGUUGGUUUUCCCGAGUCCAGCGAGAAAAUCUGAGCGGGUCUCACUCACCAUCUGGCAUUAAAUAUACCCCUUGCAACACACAAGUCUGCGAGCCACUGACGAAACUUCAAGGAAAGCUGCUUAAAACUUUUUUCCCCCCUAUAAUGGAUCAAUGAACAUAAUAUUUUUUUCUCUGCUAUAAUGAGGAAAGCAAGAAGGCUGACUCCCAGCCGAGGAGGUUUUCUUGAAAUUAGACGCCUACCAGGCACUUUCGUUGCUUAAUCCCAACAGGACGCCGGAGUGUGUGUCGGGGGAUUAAUGGAUCCCCUUUUACAUACAAAAACGACUCAGGAGUGACCCGCUGACACCCUUGCAUGCAACUGGACCCAGCUGUACAGACUAGCAUCCGAAAUACACAAGGACACACCAGAAUUUUUAUGCAAUACUGCGAUGAUCGUUUUCAAAGUGAAUCUUUCCUGAUGAACGGUUCAACAUUGCCAAAGUAACAUCAGAAAGACACACGCUAAGAAACCCAAGGAAGAGCCUCCACGAGUCGCCAGCUUAAAGUGUAUCACGUUGUCCUUCGCUCUGCCACCCACAUCAUUCGAAUUUAGCCACCUCUGACAGAAGGAUGGCAAAGGUGUUUGAGGCAUCGCCCCUCAUGGUUCCCUUGGUAACCCUCUCCAUGGUGCUGAUGUUAACUCUGGGAUUUUCAAGCCAGGCACUCUCAUGCCCACAACCCUGUGCCUGUUACUUCUCCGCUGAAGUUCACUGUACUUUCCGAUCACUAACAGCUGUUCCGGCAGGAAUACCAAAGACGGUGGAAAAGAUCAAUUUUGGCUUUAACAACAUACAGGUCAUGCACAAAGAAUUAUUCAAUGGACUGCAAAGGCUGGAACUUCUAAUGCUUCACGGGAAUGACAUUCAAAGUCUUCCGGAUAAGGUCUUCAAAAACUUGAAAUCACUGCAGACACUUAAACUGAGCUACAACAAAGUGACUACUAUUACAGGAUAUACGUUUCAGGGACUGGUGAAUUUGCUGCGGUUGCACUUGGAUCAUAACAAGAUUGAAUUCAUUGAACCUGGGGCGUUCAAUGGACUGACUUCCCUGACACUACUGCACCUUGAAGGAAACCAGUUGCACCAAAUCCACCCAAACACCUUCGUAACCCUCUCGGUUCUGCAACAUUUUAUGUUCUCUUCAAUAAAGCACCUCUAUCUCUCGGAUAAUUCCAUCCGUACACUGCCCAGGAAAAUGCAAAGUCAGAUGGUACAGCUGGAAAGCCUCUAUCUGCAGGACAACCCCUGGGCUUGUGACUGUAGCUUGCAGUGGCUGCUGGAGUGGGGCAAAGAGGCUGGAGAUGUCGUGAAAUGUAAAAAGGACAGAACGAAUCCCAAGGGUCGAGUGUGCCCGGUAUGUUCAGAACCCAAACAGUUUAUCAAAAAGGAACUAUUUAAACUGGACUCCAGUGAACUGACCUGCGCAAAGCCGACCAUCAAAUCCAUGUUGAAGAGGGGUUACAGCAAAGACUGGGAAGCUGAUGAAGCCGAAGAUAUAUUACACGAAGACUAUCGAAAACCUCUUGGCAGCAUGUCAUUGAACUUAACGGACCAACAAGGAAACAAAAAUGACUUGCUCUGUCAGAUCCACGGUAUGGAAAAUGAGGGGCAUGCCCAGUGGCGUCGGGUGACUGAGCAAGAUGUAGCCGUCAAUGUGACACUCUCAGUAAGACUGACGUGCCCCAUGAAUCAGGAAAACAUGGAAAGACUUUGGAAACUCAUUGCCUACUACAGCGAAACACCUGUAAGACUAAAGAAGGACUUAACAAUGUCUCAAGAAUCUUCAAGCUACCAAUAUAGACAAACAGUUGACAGAGAUUCCUAUUACUACACCGAUGUAAGGGCUAACAUAGUGGCCAAGCCCUCCUGGUUAGUGCAAGAUUAUGUCAACAUAAAACUUGAUAGAAAGCUAACUUCUGCUAAUGAUGCUGUCCUCAUAUUCUCACUGUACCUGUCUCAACAAUUUCCAGUUCAGAGUACUGCAAGGGAGAAGACUGACUGGGUUCUGAUCAAAGUGAAGGAAGAGACAAAACUGGUUCAUGUUGUGGUUACUGGAACGAUGUUGGAGCUACAAUGUCAGGUGGUUGCCUCUGAGAAUCCAUUGAUACAGUGGGUGUUUCCCAAUGGUAACCAAGUUGCAGCACCCUACACCAGUGAAGACAACCGCAUUUCGGUCUCUAGCACUGGAAAGUUGGUGGUGAAGGCAGUGGAACACCUGGAUGCAGGUUUAUAUCAGUGCAUUGGCUCCGUGAAGGAUGAUACAGACAGCCUGACCCACAGAGUCGUGGUGCAGCCAGCAGAACUCCACACGUCACAGGUCAGGGAAAGAGGCAUCGUUGUGCCUUACGGGGACACCAUCUCUCUACCCUGUACGGCUGCUUCAGUACCGGAAGCCCAGCUCACCUGGAUCCUCCCAAGCAGAAGCAUGCUCACCGCCCCGACAAAUGCCACAACUGGAUCAGUCCAGGCAAACGGGACUCUGGUCAUCAGGAGUGGCCACGAUGGCAACAGUGGACACUACAGGUGCAUUGCAGCCAACAGGUACGGUUCAGAUGUAAUGAUCGUCAACGUGGCUGUCAUUAAAAAGCUGCCCAGCCGGGUGGUCGAAAAGGGGAAUCCGUCCCGUAUCUACUUCAGGGCUGGGUAUCAGAAGGGAAAAGGAGACGGUGGUUCGGGUGAAGUGUCAGCCCAUGAAAGUCAGAAGAAGGUAACUUACAACAUAUACACAGGCAGACCGCCCAAUGGGAGGAGAAAUCUUCAUGCUGACGGAGCCCGGGAUGAUUCGAAAGUGGAUUACCCUCGGGACGUCAGGCUGAGGAAAGGGUUCAAGAGAGGCAGAGGGAUGGUGGCAGCCGAAGGCAGGAGGAGGUUGGACUCACGCAGACGGAUCAAUAUGACAAAUAAGAAGAUCGAUCCACAGAAGUGGGCGGAUAUCUUGGCCAAAGUCAGAAGGAAAUCCAUUCCCCGGCGGACAGUUGCCCCAUCGCGUCACGCCUACACAUCAGUCUUCACCUCUCCAACCACUCCUGGGCAACGAGUGCCUGGGACCGUCGUGAAAGUUCCCACUAAGGCCAGUCCAAAGGCAGGGUUUGAUUUGGAAGACGCUUCCGGAAACGGUGACCUGAACUUCUCCGAGGAUCAGUUAAUUCACGUGGUCACUUCACAUAAUGUAGUGGUGGGGACACCAGAGAACGCUAUGUCCUGGGAAAACCUCAAGCUCCAACCUUCAGAAAGCCACCAUGGUCCGUCAGAGGAGAAGCUUACACCGGGUCCUCCUCCUGAGACCAACACAGAGUCUAGCACUGCGGCUACACCUACUCGGGGACCGGAGAUUUUGGGACAGGUACCGACCCCCACCCCGCAGGUUGAAGUGCAUCCCAGUGAAGCGACGGGGAUGUUUCUCAACACAUGGCUGACUGAGGAGAAAGUGGGGAGUGAUGUCAAGCAAGUAAGCGUUCCGAAAACGUAUGUAGAUGAGUCAAUUGCCGGAGAUUGGGUUGCUAGGAACCUUGACCAUCCAAAGGCUAAGGAAUCGGUGGUGGAUGUGAAUGUGAACAGUGAUAAUGACACCACAUACUUCUCUGGAGAUCUGACUGUAGUCAAUGAAACUACUACAUUGAGCACCCCCAUAGUGUCCAUCAGAGACCCAGCUUUGAAGGGAACUACUCAACGGACUCACACCACCACACCUAGAAUAACCACUGUUGCCGCUGGUACCACAAUCCAAGCUGACAAUAUUUCCACUGCUGCAACAACUGUUCCCACCUCUUCAGGCGAAACAACUACACCUAAAAAAAUAGCGUCCAGCACCAUGACAGCCACCACCACCGGCGUCAACACCAACACACGAGCAGCCGGCAGGAGGCGUUUGUCUUACCCUGGUUCUCGAAGGUACGGCCGGAAGAGACGCCCCGGGAGGAGGUAUCGUCUCAAUAGGCUUAGGCAGAACCAUCAUCCACAACUGAAGGCCAAGGCCAGUGGGGUGUCCACCACUUGGCCGAUGAUGAAAGGGGCUCCAACAGAAAAAAACAGACAGAAAGUCAGGAUUAAUGCUUCCACAGAAAAUAAGGCUGGUUUGAUGUUGACCACCGCAGCUUACCGCAAAACGGAGCCACAACAACUGACCACAGAACGACCAGGGACGACCUCGGCAAAUGUCAAGACCACGAUAGAGUCUACACAUCUAAGUACAAGUCCCACCACAGAGCAACAUCGCCCAAAGGUGCAAGGACCGAACUCAACUCCAAUGGUGCAGACAGAACAGGGCGCGGUAAAAACUUAUCACAAGGCUGCCAGUCCCAUCCCUCCCAUCCAGCGGUCAAAACCUCUGCGUACUCAAAGCCACUAUGAAUUGCAACAUGAGUCGAAACUCGUAACUACAACUGUGACAGCUCCGAUGGUAAGCCCCACUGGUAAAUCUCCAGAUUCCCUGGACUCUAAUAACGUGCAAGCGUCAAGUGGAAGAACGACUACUAUAGAUAUUCCAGUGGUGGAGCUGGAGGGCAGCAGAGAAACAUCAAAUGUUUUCUUAAGUCCACUCGUCCCAAUUACAGAACAUUCUGUUUCUUCAACAGUUACAUUGACAUCCAAAGCUGUAUUGAAUUACCAUGUGGCGUCAGCCACUGCUCCUAAUAUACAGAGAUCAGGCAGCACUCAAACAUCAAACGCUGUGGUAAAAAUGCCACCUACAGUUUUAGAAACUGAUCUUGACUCACCAAAGUUUCAUCCUGAUGAUGGAAUUUCCACAGGUCUUGACCACAGCCCUCCAAAAAUACCUUCCCUUCCUUAUGUUGAUACUAUGACUUCAAUACCCUCUGUUAAAAAUAGAACUCUAGAUGGAAUGGGAAUUGAAAACAUUGCACCAGAAAUACAACCGACUGUUGGAAACUUGGUGGUAGUCCCUGAUUUGCAUCCUCAAGUUACCAGAACAACACCACAUCCAGAUGUUAAAUUGGGUGGCGCUACCUCAGAAGGAAGGGAUUCUCUCCCUUAUCCGAACGCUGGAGUGAAAGAAAUUGAACGAGACAGAAUAGACACCACGGGAACAUCUGAAAGUAAUGCUAUACCAGACAGAUUCCUUCCAAAACACCGUACAAGUGGCUGGCAACAAUUGAAGGAAAGACACACCGGGCAGACCAGCAAUUCGACCUGGAUUGUGAAGGGUAGGCUGAAGCCAAGUGGAAACCUCAGGCCGAAGGUCAUUCCAAACAAAGGCACAUGGCAUAAAUCUAAAUAUACCCCAGUAGAACCAACACAAAAAACACUGAGCUCUGCAGCAAGUGCUAAGCCCCCUUACUCUGUAACCGGAUCCCCAUCAGUAGGCACCAGCGUGCCCAAUUUCUCAGUAUUUGCUACAAUGACCAUGCAAAGCAUGACAACGCCAGAUGUGCCUUCUGUCAGGCCUCCUACGCCGACGUUAGUGCCUCCAGUCCGAACGACAAAUAGCAAACCCCGCAAUAAGUCUGUUGCUGAUUUAGGCAACCGUUCAAGAAUGAAUAAAACAAAGUACCCGCUGAAAGAACACACUACACAAAAAUCCAACAGCAGUCGAGGCAAUCAGAAGACACAUUCUGUGCAUGCUCCGAUUCCAUUUACUAAUGUGAAGACUUCGCCAGCCGCCUACAAGACAACCACCCGCCCAGUUCCCGUACCUACUCAGACAAGUGUAUCGACACCAUCGGCAGAGUGGCUCUCUAAAACUGCCUCAGUAAACAGCUCCCAGGGCCUUGCAUGGGUAGAGAGAGACUCACCUGAUAUUACCCUGGCACCUCCCAGGUUUAGGAUGAAUGGCACCAAACCAAAGAUAGUUCCCAGCAGUCCUGUGACCGUGUCAGUGAAAGCAGAGAUGGAUGUGCAUCUCCCCUGUGAAGCUUAUGGGGAUCCUAUGCCUAUUAUUUCUUGGUCAAAGGUGUCAACAGGGGCAGUAAUGACCACAGGCAGCAGUUCAGUGAGGUUUGAAGUCUUUGGCAACGGGACCCUCAGUAUCCGUGGGGCCGAGGUGCAGGACCGCGGGCAGUACCUGUGUGUGGCGCAGAACCCUCAUGGUGCCGACCAGAUGCUGGUUACCCUGGUUGUGUUGGCCCAGCCACCACGGAUAUCCGAAGCCCGCCAUCGGGAUGCCACCGUCUACCUGGGCGAGCCGUUCACGGCGGAGUGCAAGGCUGAAGGGAGCCCAGCCCCGCAUGUCGCCUGGUUGCUGCCGAGCCGGCGCAUGCUGCGGGUGCCGGGUGACGUGGACGGCAGUGCGACGCUGGCCGCCGAUGGGACACUGGACAUCAGGCAGACCGCCUUCUCUGACCGGGGGGUCUACAGGUGCAUCGCUGGCAAUGCAGCGGGGGCUGACGUGGUGACAGUGAGGCUGCACAUCUCUGCCCUUCCCCCUCGGAUCCUGGGGCAGAGGGCAGAGAAUGUCUCAGCGGCAUUGGGCCAGUCCGUCCAUGCCCACUGCACCACCAGGGCGGCCCCACCCGCCAACGUCCGCUGGAUCCUGGCAGGCGGCGUGCAGAUCCGGCCUUCCCAGUUCAUCAAUGGCAACCUGUUCGUCUUCCCGAAUGGCACCCUCUACAUCCGCCACCUGUCGCCGCGGGAAGUGGGCACUUACGAGUGCGUGGCCACUAAUGUGGUUGGCGUGGCCAGGAGGACGGUGGGCAUUGGAAUCCAGAAGCACUCGGCCACAGCGAAGAUCACCCUGUCUUCUCCUCAGAGAGUGGAUGUUAGUUACGGCAGCAUUCUGCACCUGGACUGUGAGGCAGCCGGGAAUCCAGGACCAAGGGUAUUCUGGAGACUGCCUUCAAAAUUGCUCGUGGAUUCACACUACAGUUACAGCAAGAGAAUCAAAGUGUUCGACAAUGGCACACUCAUGGUCCAGUAUGUGACAGACAAAGAUGCAGGUGAUUACCUGUGUAUCGCCAGAAACAACAUGGGGGAUGACUUCAUGGUGCUUAAGGUCAAUGUUAUGAUGAAACCAGCGAAGAUUGAAUACAAGCAAGAUGCCAACCAUAAGGUGAUGUAUGGUAAAGACCUGAAAGUUGAUUGCAUAGCAUCGGGGCUACCAGAUCCUGAGAUCUCGUGGGGCUUGCCGGACGGCACCAUGGUCAACAGUGUCAUGCAGUCAGAUGACAGUGGAACAAGGAUGCGAAGAUACACUGUCUUUGAUAACGGUACCCUUUACUUCAACGAGGUGGGCCUGAAGGAUGAAGGCGACUACACGUGCUACGCCGUCAACCAGGUCGGCAAGGAUGAGAUGAAAGUCAACGUGAAGGUGCUGGCCGAGCCUCCGACCUUCAAGGGUCACACCCCCUCUCUUGUUGAAGUGCCGUACGGCGAUACCUCCUCAUUGAAGUGCGAAGCCAAGGGGGAACCCACCCCCUGGGUCACCUGGCGCUCUCCAACUAACAAGCUGAUCUUCCCCUCGUCGAAGUACCAACUGGGCACCGAUGGCACUCUGUUCAUACAGAAGGUUCAGAGGUCAGAUGGCGGGAACUACACGUGCACAGCCAGAAACACAGCUGGGGAGAGGAGAAGGAUCGUCACCGUGCGAGUAGUUAUUGAACCCCCAAGCAUUAAUGGGUGGACGAGCUCCAACAUCAUAGUCAAGGACACAGCAAUGAGGGAAAGCCGCAAGCUGAUUGACUGCAGAGCAGAAGGCAUACCCGCUCCGCGGGUUAUGUGGGUGCUGCCCGAGAACAUUAUUGUGACUGCGCCGUACCAUGGGGAUAGAAUUCAGGUACACCGCAAUGGCACCCUGGACAUCAGGAGCCUGAAGCUGUCGGACGGAGCCCAGUUUACGUGCAUUGCUCGCAACGAAGGGGGUGAGGCGAGGCUCACAGUGCAGCUGGACGUGCAGGGCAGCCUGGAGAAGCCUUCAUUUACCAACCCACUGAACGCCGGGGUCGCCAUUGUGAUUGGCAACAGCGUUAACCUUAACUGUUCCACCAGGGGGAGCCCCACCCCGGAGGUAACCUGGAUCUUACCGAAUGGAAAGAAGCUGAUGUCUGGUCAGCAGUUACCAAAGAUGUACCACGCAAGAGACGGCACAUUACACAUCAGCAGCCCUACCGCCACAGAGGCUGGUUCUUAUCGCUGCAUCGCCAGGAAUACAGUAGGCUCUGUGGAGAGAUUUGUCACCUUGGAGAUUGGACACAAUCCAGAGAUACGCAAUCGAUACACGAGCCUGAUCAAAGUUUUACCUGGAGAGAGUAUGCGACUUGACUGCAUGAGUGGAGGCAGCACCCUGCCUCAGUUAUCCUGGAUUUUACCCAGCGGGGUGGUUCUGAGCAGACCCCAAUCUGUGGGCCGCUUUUCACUGUUGCAGAACGGGUCCCUGAUCGUCCACGAGGCCUCGGUGUACGACAGGGGCACCUACACCUGCAAGUCGGUGAGUGAGCUGGGCCUUACCUUGAUGAGCGUGGCGGUGAUCGUCAUAGCCUACCCACCGCGCAUCACCAACGGACCAGCGCCGGUGACCUAUGCCCGUCACGGCAGCUCGGUCCAGCUGAACUGCAUGGCCAUGGGGAUUCCAAGAGCGGAAAUAAGCUGGGAGCUGCCGGACCGGACUCGGCUCACGGCAACGCUCCAAGCUCGCCUGAUUGGCAACAAGUUCCUCCAUCCUCAAGGGUCGCUCGUUGUCCAGAACCCUUCCAACAGAGACACUGGAUUUUACAAGUGCACUGCAAAGAACUUGCUGGGCAGUGACUCCAAGAUAACCUAUGUUCAUGUUUUUUAAAGGAAAGUUUCUUUCAA